GGUGGCUGAUGUAAGACCCGCCUCGGGAGCUUCCCCGCCCGCAGCUAAGCUGAGACCCCGGGGUCCCUCCUCGACGCGCUCGGAGGCUUUGGUCUCUCUUGAGUAACUGAGAACAUACUCCUGGAAAAUAUCUGUGUGGCCCCGCGGUGUUGGACAUCCCUCUCCUCCAUAAUUAGCCAGCAUCCCCGCCAUCUGGACUCACUCAUACCUCACAGGGAUUUCCUUGUCCACACAGAACUAAGAUUGAUCCAAGAGCCCUGCUCCUGCUGACUGAACUCUACCAUCUGUUCUCAAGCUUGCUUUGCCAGCUCCUGCCCAGCCAGGGGCCCCUCAGUGGGCAUGCAAGGUGGUUUGUGUGCACCCUAAUUUGCUAGUCUCUUAUUUUGGUAAAGGCCCAAAGUCCCAAAUACCCUCACACUCUGCUUCUUCCUUGAAAAGCAGGGCAGCCGGUUUCCUGAUUUCUUUAUGUUUAUUUAUGCACGUACUACAGAAAACUUGGAAUGUAUACUUAACCAGAAAAAAAAAGAAAAAGAAGAAGAAGAAAGAAAAAGAAAAGAAAAAUCUCAAUUCAGAGCUAAACACUGCUCACGUUUUGGUGUCUAUUCUUCCAGUCUUUUCUCUACACACAUAUGGCACUUUCUCAAGUCUCAGAUUGCCAGAAGCAUCAUCUCAUUAAUAACAGCUUUUCAGGCAGGCAGGGAGGGGGGAACCAGUACAUUAAAUAUUCAUAUUGAUUGUAAGAGACAUUUUUAUUUCAGAAAUAGUAAGUGGUGGAAAAAAAGUAUCACAGUACCUAGGAAAUACGGUGUAUAUUACAUUUAAAAUAUUUUAAGUGGGAUACUAUAACCUGCUUUUUUCAGUUAACAUAUUAUGAAAAUAUUUCCAUACCAUUGAAUAGUCUUUUACAAUAUAUAUUCCUUGAGGACAUUCUUCUACAAAAUGAAAAUAGCUUUUCUUUUUCUGAAUAUAAAGACAAUAUAUAUUCAUGUAGCAAAUGCAUAAAAUGCACCAAAAGUAUAAAGAAGAAAAUACAAGCCAGCUAAAAUCCCAUUACCUAGCAGCAACCACUGUUAGCAUUUUUGUUAACAGUGAGCUAUUUCUAUGAACGUAGAUGCAUAAGUAAAAUAUAUAAGUGGAAUACUACUAUAUAGAGCACUUUGUAACAUGCUUUUAUUUUUCACUUAGCAGUAGGUCACAGGAAUUGCUCCAAGUCAAUAAAUCAUUUCAUCAUUUUUAAAGUCUGCAUCAUAUUUCAUUGUACAGAUGAAAUGGUAGCACAAUUUAUUCACCUAGUCUUCUACUGAUAGACAUUUAGUUUACUUCCAGUUGUUCACCAUUAUACAUAACAUCUUUGUACAGUUAUCUCCUUGAAAUAAAUGCCUAGAAAUACAACUCCUGAAUCAGAGUACAUAUUUUUCAAAUCGGAUAUACAUGGCAAAUUGCCCUUCAGACGCUGUUCCUCUUUUAUGCUCCCAUUAGCAGUGUGUAAGACUUCCACUCAGUCUUGCCUAAACUGGGUAUUAUCUUUUAAAAAUCUUUGUCAAUCACUUUUCAACUAAUGUCAAGUUUGAAAACCUAAGGGUGCCAAGACAAUUCAAUGUGAAAGAAUAGUCUUUUAAACAAGAUGUGCUUGGACUCAUAUAGCCAUAUGCAAAAGAAAGAAGUUGAACCUCUGCCUCACACCAUAUAUAAAAAUUAACUCAAAAUGUACCAUAGACUUAAAUACAAGAGCUGGAACUAUAAGACUCAGGAAACCUAGGAGUAAAUCUUCAUGACCUUGUAUUAGGCAAAGCUUUCUUAGAUAUGACACCAAAAGCACAACAAGCCAAAGAAGAAAGAGAUAAAUUGGACUUAAUCAAAAUUUAAAACUUUCGUGCUUCAAAUGAUACCAUCAAGAAAGUGAAAAGACAAUGCAUGGAAUGAGAGAAAAUAUUUGUGAAUCAUAUCUAAUAAGGGACUUGUAUCCAGAAUAGAUAAAGAACUAUUAGAGCUCAACAACAAAAAGACAAAUAACCCAAUUAAAAAUGGGCAGAGAAUUUGAAUAGACAUUUCUCCAAAGAAGAUAUACAAAUGGCCAAUAAGCACAAAAAGAAGCUUAAUGUUAUUAGGCAUUCGGGGAAUGAAAAUUAAAACCACAAUGAGAUACCACUUCGCACUUACUAGGAUGGCUAUAAUUAAAAUGAUGGACAACAAGUGUUGUACCCCUCUGGGACAGUUUAGCAAAUGUAAAGCCAGUGGACAAAUGACAGAAGACCAGAAAUUUAUUCUCUGGAGACAUGGGCUCAGAGCAGCACUGGACUCGGGGACACCAGGCCCAGUGAGAGAACUCUGCUCCGAGAGUAAAGAGAUCUGGAUCCUGGUCCUGGAUUUCCUGUGUCAUUCAGAAACAAGCACUGUUUCAAGACUGGGUUCCUUGGAAACAGAAUCCGAGAUGGAGAGCUGCAUGCAGAAGGCUUACUGAGGAGUGUCCUUAGGACACACACCUAUGGGGACCUGAAGAAGACAAGGGUGGGGGUGGAGAGAAGCCGACCAGCAAAGGUUCUUGUGGAAGUCAGACCAAACAGCAGGAAGGUAUUGCAGCAAGAUGGAUUUGGGAAAGGACCAGUCUCACUUGAUGCUCCAUCAGACACCUGAUCCUCAUCAGGAAGAGACCCAUGUUCCAGAAGUCAUUGGAACUUGGAGUUUAAGAAACAGAGAGCAACUCAGAAAAAGAAAAGCUGAAGUGCAAGAAAAGCAAACUUCACAAUGGCAAUUUGGAGAGAAAAAACGCAAGCGGCAGAGAACAGGAAAAAGAAGUGAAAGAGGCAGAAAGAGACAACAAAAUAGAGAAAUGAAGGUGGAGCCUCUGUCACAAUUAGAAAAGGAAAUGAUGGAGAAAGCACCAACACCUACAGAGAAAGAAACUGAACCACCCAGGAGUGUGACCGAAGCUCUCCUUCCGGUAGCCUCCACGCAAAGAGUUGUGCCCAAGAAACAUUUUUCUGAAAUAGGUCAAGAAAGCAUUAUCUAUCAGGAAAAUUCUUCUGAAUACCAAGAAACAGCAGUACAAAACCACCCUUCUGAAAUACUCCAAGAUAUGGCUGAAUCUGAAGACCUCUCUCCUAAAAUGUGCCAAGCAAUAGCUGUAUUUCAAGACCAUCUUUCCAAAAUGCACCAUGAUAUGGCUCAACCUGAAGACCUCUCUCUUAAAAUGUGCCAAGAAACCGCUGCAGCCAAAGCCCUUUCUUCUAAAACAUCUGAAGAUAUAGCUGACCUGGAAGGAUGCCCUCUUAAAGCAUACCCCAAACCAGAUGUGCCUAAAGGCUACACUCUUGAAACAUACCAAAAAAGAGCUGAACCUGAGGAACACAAUUCUGAACUAGGUCAAGGAAUAGCUGAGACUGAAAAUUUUGUUCCUAAAGCACAAGAAAUAGCUGUGCCUAAGGAGCUUUCUAUAAAAACAUACCAAGAAACAGUUGAACCUGAACACUUUUCUCAUAAAACAUAUAAAGAAAUUGCUGUGUCUAAAGCCCCCUCUCAUAUAACAAUCCAAGAAACACCUGGGUCUGAAAAAUAUUCACCUGAAGUAUACCAAGAAACACCUGGGUCUGAAGAAUAUUCACCUGAAAUAUACCAAGAAACAGCUGGGCCUGAAGACUAUGCACCUGAAAUAUACCAAGAAACACCUGGGCCUGAAGACCUCUCUACUAAGACAUAUAAAGAUAAGGAUGUGCCUGAAGAAUGCUUUCCAGGACUGUACCAAGAAAGAGGUGGGCCCCAAGACCAGGAUCCUAAAGCACACCAGGAAGAUGCUAAGGAUGUUUAUAUUUUUCCUUGAGAAAUGAAGGAAAAACCCAAAGCAGAAGAACCAGAGAUACCAGCAAUUCCGAACGUUCCUCAAGAGAUUCACCCAGAAAAUGAAAUUUAUAGUUGUUUUGCUUUAACAAUGUGCAACCAUCAUAGUUGUCCAACAAAAUUCACAUCUUAGUACAUUAUAUGUGUGAUUUUUCUCAAAAUAUGGUAGAAAUCUCUACAAUAUUCAUUAAUAUUUUAACAGUGGUUUUUCCCCCAUAUAUAGACCACAUCUGAAAGAGAGAACUAAUGUGAUUUUUCAGGCUCUACCACAUAGACAACAUCCUGCUAGUGUGUGUGUGUCUGUGUGCACACCCACGCGUGCGCACGCGUGUGUAUGUGUAGGUAUAUUAGGGAGAGGAUAGUGGUGGGAACAGACUUAAGAAUUAGUCCUGCCCUUAAGAAUUAGUCAAAUAAUAAGUCAAAUAAGAAUUAGUCAAAUAGACUUAAGAAUUAGUCCUGCCCUUAAGAAUUAGUCAAAUAAAUGUUUGUUUUCAGGGGAAAAUUACUGAGCCCUCUCUUUUCCCAUUUUUAAGUCUGAACAAUUAAAA